AUGGCGACGUCGAAGCCGACACAAAACGAGCACGAUCAUGAAUUGGACGGCGAGGAGGAAAAUGUUCAGCCCGAUAAGAAGGAGAAGAAGAAAAAGCAGGACUCGGAAGCCGCCGCGGAUCUAGAGAAGAAAAGCGCUAUCUCCGCACAGAGCUACAAAGGUUGCUACACGGCAAGUAUUGGCCUCACCGCCAGCGGGACUUCUCAGGACAUGGUCAACGCCGACUGUGUCGAACACUGUAGGACCCAGGGCAAGGCCUACUCAGCGACAGGCGAAGGGAAGCACUGUGUCUGUCUGACGGCAGCCGACAUGCAAAACCUCAGCCCGGUCUCCGACUCACAGUGUGACGUCAGCUGCCCUGGAAAACUGACGGAAAAGUGCGGAGGAACUGACGAGACGGUCACCGUGUGGAGCACCGGACAAGUAAAGCGUGAGCUGGCAGCGAAGACAACUUCAGAGAACUUGAGAACGACCUCCACACAGAGCUACAAAGGCUGCUACACCACAAGUGAUGGAACGCUCACCGCCAGUGGUCAUGAGUCGUCUCUGCACAUGACCAACCAGGACUGUGCCAAACACUGUGUGGCCCAGGGCAAGGCGUAUUCUGCGACAGGAGAAGGCAAGCACUGUGUCUGUUUGGCGGACCUACAGAACCUCAGCCCAGUCUCCGACUCACAGUGUGACGUUAGCUGUACGGGAAAAGUGACGGAAAACUGCGGAGGAGUCGACGAUGUCGUCACCGUCUGGAGCACCGGGCAAGGGAAGCGGCUGUUGACGUUGAAGAUGUUGGUUGAGGCCAUGAGAGACACCGAGUGAUA